AUGCCGAAAGUCAUCGGCCAUACUGCUCCCUGGCUUUCUCGACCCGCCCCGGGCGCAAAGAUAUUUUCUGAUCCAGCGCCUCAAUCACCCGCCUCCUCUUCGAAACGUUCUUCCUACGUUGGUUCGCCUCCGUCAAAUGAUUACCAGGGGCCCAGAAGACUUGUUGCGAGCAGAGGGACCGAAAUAUUCGCCGUCGUCGGGAACAAGAUCAGAUGGGCGGAUCUCGCCACGGUCAGAGAUGAAUGGGAAGAGAACAAACCAUGCGGUAGCAAUCGCUUCGGUCUUUCACGAGGGGGAGAGUCCGAUUCGGCGGAAAAGAAUGUCUACCGAACUCUCGAUGUGUCGAUUUACUAUCAAAUCCGCCAGAUCGUUGUAUCUCCCUCGGGAACGUUUCUGGCCAUCUGUACGGAGCAUACAGUGCACAUAGCAGUCCUACCACCACCAUCCCGGCUCAGAGAUCAUGACCGCUCCCCACUGAAGCUCAAGACAUACCAUCUUGGUCCUACCAUCCAUGUCAUUCCUGAGUCUCCUCUCGCGUCUGUGCUCUGGCAUCCGUUGGCCUCUGCUACUCCGUCCACGGAUUGCAUUGUUACUGUCACGACAGAGGCAGCCGUGCGAGUAUGGGAACUAGACCGCUCCAACAAAUGGUCGUUCGAGCGUCCGGCACUCGCCAUUGAUCUUCGGAAGCUGGCCGACGGUGUGUCAUGCGACCAAGAUUUUGAACCGUCGGGAUUUGGAAAGACCCGGGGAUUUUCAGUCGAUGAUUUUGACAUGGAAGUGUCUUCUGCAUGCUUUGGAGGCCGAGGAAGAGACGAAGAAGAUGCGUGGGCGAGCAUGACGCUUUGGACGGCAAUGAGACAUGGAGACAUCUACGCUCUGUGUCCAUUGCUGCCAUCCACGUGGAAACCCACGUCGACAACGAUUCCUUCUCUCUCCACCACUGCCGUGUCUUGUAUGGCUUCGAUUGCUGAAGAGGAAGCAGACCUGGACGAACGACGAGCGGUUGACCAGCAAUAUGAAUGGGUUCAAGAGAUCGAUAAUGACGAGCCACUGCUUCUAGAAUCAACGGAUACCCUUGGAGAGUUUGAGGCUCGACUGAGGCCUCAGAACCCCAGUGCCAUUCCUCGCCUUCAAGGACCGUUUGCGAUUCAGCCCGACGAUGACGAGCGUGAUAUUGAGAUUUCUGACAUUCACGUAUUCCCUCUAAUGCUCAACGAAGAAGACUUAAUGGCUGAAGAAGAUGAAUAUGACGACUUCAGCUUCGCCAUGUUUCCUGGUGUUCCUUUCACGACCAUUUGUGUGGCAACCACCGAAAACGAGCUUUGGUUCGCAAUUGAUCUCGAUGGAGUCUCAGGACAAUGGCUUCCCAAGAAGGGCAAAAGCGCGUUCGGCGUUCCGUCUUCUGACCCAAAGCAAUUGACCUGGAUCGAGACAUUUUCUCUUGACGACCCGACGACAAAUUCAGCAACCAAUUGGCCCGUCUUCACUGGAGAUAUUGUGCACAGUUAUAGCCUGUUUUUCAGCACCCCAAAGCAGGUUUACUCUUUCUCUCUCAACGACUGGAUUAGCCGAUUAGCAGCUGAGUUGACAGGAACGGAACCAAUUGAUCCUGGCUUAAAGACCCGUUUGGAAACUACCUGUCAGAGCCAAGCCUGUCUGAGCAACAAACUUCUCGAAGUGGGCGAACCGACAGAGAUCCUCUCCGCUCCUACCGUCGUGGACGAUAUGUCGGUGGGAUAUUUCAUCUUGACCACGACUCCCUCCUCAGCCUAUUCUGUCUUCUUUGACCAGGGCCACCUCCAAGCAUCUACGAUUGCACCGUCGUCACCAGAGCUGACCUCUGCAUCCCCUAGCCGUAUUGCCCGAAUACCAGCGCAAGAGGACCCCAGUAAUCUCGAGACCCUUCCCACUAGAUCACCAUAUGUCCCGUCCAAGAUCUUUUAUGCCAACCAUCUCUAUCCCCUCGAACAUAUGCGUCAACGUCUCCCACCCAAUCUCAAGAGAGCGAUCAUCGAGCGGCCUAUGCGCCUGAGUCCGGCAAUGCUGGAAAUCAUGACAUUUGCUCAUCGUACCAUUAGCGUUCAGUCGUCAGAACUGGAAAAAGCUGCAGCAGAGCUCUUCCGACGUUGCGAGCGUUUGAGAGAAGAGCUCCGCGAUCAAGUCAAGCAGAUGAGCGAAUUGGCUCAGCGUUUACAACAUAUCCAAUCGAGUGGCGAGGAUGAUGAGGAUGGCGAUGUCAAAGAGAAGAUGUCCCAGGAGACGAGGAUCAGGCAUGCCCAAGAGCGCCAGGCGAAGUUGGUAGCGCGAUAUGAAGCAUUAAGGCGAAAAGUCGGACGUGUGGGAUCAGCCAAGAGGGAACUGAGUUCCAAAGAGAUGGCUUGGAUCGAAGAGAUAGGGUUCUUGGGCAAGAAUGUCGGAGUUAGUGACGUGCAAGGCGCAGAGCCGAGUGAACCAAAUGCAAAUCUGGGUAAGAGGUUCGAGACGGUGGAACAACUGGCACGUGACUUGGUCGACGAAAGCCGCCGUCUUGAGAAACAACAGCAACAAACCAGGAUUGAGCGCGGCGAGUCGACGUUGUCCUCAUCCACAAUGUCUGCCUCCAUGUCCAGUUCGAUGUCAGCAUCUAAAACUAGUGCCUCUUCGCCCUUCGGCGUUUCCAGCCGUCUUCAGAAAGAACGAAUCGCCGACGUCAUGGCUAUGGUCGAGCGCGAGGGCGCUGUCAUUGACGCAGCCAUGAAGCGGCUCGAGCGGCUGAGUGUCGAGUAUUAG